AUGGGCCGCCCCUUCCCAGAGGAUGCGCUCUUCCUCGGAUUCGACAGUUCGACGCAGUGAGUUUUCCUUUUCGAUGUGAUUUCCCGCCCGAAAUCCCCUCUAGCAUCUUGUCUGAUGGCGCCCGGGGUUAGUUUUGGGCCCCUCUGAUCCAUUUCAGCGAUUGCGAACCAGCGAAGCAGGGACUUGGAUGAUUCCCAGUGAGACCUGGAAUCGUCGAUCGUUGCUCCCCUCUGGCGGCACUCUUGCCUUCUCUUCCCCGUUUUUUUUUUUCCUUUCCGUGAAGAGGGCUCAGAAUCUCCGACAGGAACGAGAUCAUACCCUUGUCACUAGGAUGCUGAUCCGUAUCCAUUGUAUUUUUCUUCCGGCAUUCACCCACCCUUCCAAUCCACUGCCAAGUAGGAGGAUGGCGCCGCAGCCGAUAAUUCUCAUCUGUUCAUCUCAAGAUCCUCUCCCCACCCAACCGAGAUAACAAAUGUAGGUCUCCUCAGACGCCGCAAUUGCCUCUCUGCAGGUCCCUGAAGGCGACUGCGCUGGAUUCCAGGCUCGCGAUCGUCGCCUCGGAGAUUGUCCACUUCGCCUCAGAUCUGCCCCACUACAAGACCAGCGAUGGGGUCUACAGGGACCCCUCGGGCGGCGGCAGGAUCGUCUCCCCGACGUUGAUGUGGGUCGAAGCUCUGGAGCUCCUCCUAGAGAAGCUGAGGAGAGAGAACUUCGAAUUCUCGAGAGUGGUGGCCGUCUCCGGCAGCGGGCAGCAGCACGGCAGCGUCUACUGGAAGAAGGCCAGCUCCGCCAGCUUGGCCUCCCUCGAUCCCCAAAGCGGGCUACUACUGCAGCUCUCUGAAGCAUUCUCCACGAAGGAGUCCCCCAUAUGGAUGGACAGCAGCACCACCUCCCAGUGCAGGGAGAUAGAGAAGGCCGUUGGCGGCGCCCUGGAGGUGUCGACACUCACAGGCUCUCGUGCCUACGAGAGAUUCACCGGCCCGCAGAUCAGGAAGAUCUUCGAGACCCAGCAGGAUGUGUACGAUGACACUGAGAGGAUCUCCCUGGUGAGCUCCUUCAUGGCCUCGCUUCUCAUCGGCGGCUACGCUCCAAUCGACGAGACCGACGGAGCCGGGAUGAACUUGAUGGAUCUCAAAGAACGCGCCUGGUCAAAGAUCGCCCUCGAGGUAAAUCCAACCCCUCCCCCAUCCUCUCCCUGAAGGAGUUCUGGCUACUUCGAAUUCCUUCUUUGGCCGCCGCGAUUGUGUUGAUUCCUCCUGGUCAGGCCACCGCCCCGGGAUUGGAGGAGAAGCUUGGGAAGCUGGCCCCUGCCCACGCCGUCGCCGGAGUUAUUUCUCCGUAUUUUGCUGAGAGGUGGGCGUUUGAUCCUCCCCGUCGCUGCUCCCUCGGAGCUCUGCUUGGAUUCAUUUCAUUUAUUUGUUCGCAUUCAGCUCUAUAUCUUUCAUUUCCUCUGUAUCUGCGUUGAAAUGUUCUCUAGCCUGCUCCGGCCUGGCAAUGGAAUUACUGCUUGAAGACCUAAAAAUCGCCUUUUUUUUCUCUUCUCGUUUUGCUUCGACGACUUUUUAUGGUUGACUUUAUUUCUUUUAUUUUAAAAUUUUGUAUGCCUUUUGUUAUCUUAGCAGAUUCAGAAUCAGAUUUUUCUGCAUCUUUUGGUCUCGUCUAUGCGCUCGAAUCAAUGCCCGAUUUCUUUUACAGAUUUUUUUUAAAUAUUCAUCUUCUUUUUAUUUUUUAUCACUUGUUAUCUGUAAAUAUGAAAAACCCAUAAUUUCCAGUAUUUAUUUGGUUUCCUCAAUUAGAACAAAUAUAUUCCCUUUUAUAGUUGACCGGGUCUAUUUUUUGUCUUUUAUUUAAUAACUUAUUGCCCACAAAGGAUAGAAAAUCAUGGGUCUUUCUCUUCUUUACGUUCUCGUUCAUGUGUUUGAUUUCUAUAUUUAAUAUUUAAUAUUUAUUUAAUGAGUUCCGCUUCGAUGCAACCAGAUUCCACUUCAAGAAAAGCUGCCUGGUUAUUCAGUGGUCUGGGGACAAUCCGAAUAGCCUGGCUGGUAGCUUCAUCCUUUUCUAUUGGAAUUUGGUCAUUUUAUGAUAAUUUAUUAAUACCUCGAAAAAUAAAAAUAUUAUUUUUUAGCAUAUUAAUGACUUUAUGUCUUGCUGACGUUUGCAGGAUUAACCUUGAAUUCACCCGGUGACCUUGCGAUCAGCCUCGGCACGAGCGACACAGUAAUCCAUCGGGGAUUCAACUUUUUUAAUUUUAUUUUCAGAAAACAUUUUUCUAUUUACUUAAAUCUAUUCGCCCACGUAGAUAUUUGGGAUCACCGACCAUCCCCAGCCCCGCCUCGAGGGCCACGUCUUCCCGAACCCCGUUGACUCUUCUGGCUACAUGGUGAUGCUUUGCUACAAGAACGGGUCUCUGACCAGAGAAGGUACGACCCCCACACCAUUGACCGCAUCCUGCUCCGAUUUUAGUAAAAUGGUGUCGAUCUGGCGGCAGAUAUUCGCAACCAGUUCGCAGGGGGCUCUUGGGACGUGUUCAGCGAGUACCUGGAGGAGACGCCCGCCCUAAACGGUUGACUUCCGUUGACUUCUGCUUGGACUGAUCUGCUUUCCGGUUGAGGGGUUGUCCGUUUGACUUUGGAUCGUAUCUCUGGGUAGGCGGAAAGCUGGGAUUCUACUACAAAGAGCACGAGAUCCUGCCUCCGCUUCCAGGUAGGCGUUGACCCAUUCCGAAUCAGUUCUUCACCUCUCUCUCUCUUUCUCUCUCCCGCGUAAUUUCAACCGCCCUUUCUUUUGUCUGGUGUUAUGCAGUCGGGUACCACCGAUACACAGUGGACGUCGACUCGGCGACCGAGCGGGAGGUGGACCGAUUCGACGCGCCGUCGGAGGUAAGCCGCCGGCUCCCUUCCCCUCCGCCGACGGAGAUUUGUGGGCGUUUUCUGAGGUGCUGGUGGUGGUGGUGUUGGAGGUGCGGGCCAUCGUCGAGGGCCAGCUCCUCUCCAUUCGGGCGCACUCGGAGAGGUUCGGCUUGCCGGUGCCGCCCCGGCGCAUCGUGGCCACCGGUGGGGCGUCGGCAAACCGGAGCAUACUCCGGGUUAUGGCGGCGGUUUUCGGCUGCGCCGUCUACACGGUGCAGAGGCCUGGUAAGCGGCAGCGCUGUAGCUGUAGCUGUGGCCGACUGUUCCUCUCUGGCUAGGGCGGGGCGGUUCGUGAUGACGAUUUCGGUGGGACGCUCGCAGAUUCGGCGUCGCUCGGCGCUGCCUUGCGUGCGGCGCACGGCUGGCUGUGCGAGGAGGAAGGCAGGUUCGUGCCCAUCUCGCGCGUGUACGAAGGAGGUGGGCCGGAGGGGACGGCGCUCUCCCCGAAGCUGGCCGUGCCGGCCGGCGAGGAUGGCGCCUUCGGGGCCUACGGGGAGCUGAUGAGGAGGAGAAUGGAGAUAGAGAGGCGGCUAGUCGAGAAGCUCGGCCGGCAGUGA